ACUCCCGCCGGUAUCGCCAUCGUCACGCCUCUAUCCGGACGAACUAGUCGGCGUGUUCGAAUUCAGUGACCGCGCCCACCGCGUCGCCGUCGCCCCUCGAGGGCAAGUCCACCACCCGCAGCACCGCCAAUAUGUCCCUCGUCAACCUCGCACACGUUUGCUCGCAUCUACAAAAUGCGUCCAAGGCACGACUCGGUCUGACGUCAAUUCCCGUCUCCAAAAUGCACGUCAAUCUGGUGCUCGGCCUACAACGCGAAGGCUUUCUAUCCUCCGUAACACUAGGCGGAGUCACACCACCAAAACCCUUCCUCCUACAAGCACAGCCCGACCCUGAGCAACUAGACAAGAUGGCGAACAAGCUGAAAGAGGAGCCAUGGCACGCAUAUGCCAUUGGGGAGGACGAGCCACAGCAGACCACACCAAAUGCGACAGAGAAGGUGCUAGGCAGGGAGCUAGUCCACUCAGUUCACGUACCCGAAAACCCAGCGAAGCGGAGACUAUGGCUCGGAUUGAAGUACUGGCAAAACGAGCCCGUGCUCAAGAACAUGAAGCUGGUGUCCAAGCCCACCAGGCGGAUAUGGUUGACCUCUGAGGAUCUGGGGAAGAUUACCAGGACGCGGGAAUCGAGCUACGUCAAAGGGCUGACGCAUCCGGGAGAGUGCAUGUUCAUCACAACAGACCGGGGGAUAUUCGAGGCGAGAGAGUGCGUGGAAAAGCGGAUGGGCGGCAUGGCACUGUGUAGGGUGUGGUAGUGCAAGAGCAAGGGUAGUUUCCUGCAUGCAUGAAGGGAUCUUAGGUCGGGGGCUGGCUUGUCGGUAUGCAUAUUUGCAUGGCUAUGGCGUUGUAAGACAUCAUGUACCAGUACUCAAGAGGCGGGCAACGUGUAUAUGGAAUCACGUGCGGAUUAUCUUGCAUCCGCGUCUGUAGGAAUAUCGACUCCGUUUCUAACAAGUCCAUGGGCCCAAUCGCAUCUGACGUUUGAUCGGAUGCACAUGAACGAAUCGAAAAUAUGACAUC